AAGAAAUAAACAUUGCCCGUGUAGGAUUUAAAAAAUAAAUAUUAAAUGUAUAAAGAAUUUACAAAUACUAGAACUAGAAGAGCAAUUGCCCGUGUAGGAUUUCAGUUCUUGGAUGCGUGCACUUGUGACGUUUUUUCUUUCCGGUCGAGUUCACUUAUACGCUGAACUCGGCUAAAUUUGCUGCAGACUUCCGUACGUCUAGGGCCAUAAACUCAGCCUGUUUGCCAAUAUACAUCAGAGGAAGGGGAAAUGCUAGAAUAUUUCUACACGUGGAGGUCAACGGAGGUGAGAUAGACUGUGAACAACAUUAAUUCACCCCCGCAGCAACACAGCAUAACAUACAUUUCUGUUUUCAGCUGCGAGGCCAACCCCGCCAUGUUUCCCUAAGCGUUUCAUCAAGCGUCUGCCAAAACUAAGCGUACCAGAAUGGCUUCCAGUCGUCUUCACCCCUCAAUCUGUAUGACGGGGGGGUGGGGCGUCCGCGAAUAAUGAUUGAUGGGACCACGGGCCAAACACGGGGCGGGUGGCUGGAAGUGAGCGUUCCGCUGACCAAUCAGCGUCCUUACCCUGGGUUGGGCCAGCCCACGUUUAGCCCAUCCCCCGUGUCUUUUGUUUCCAUUCAGAUGCCGGGGCUCGGCGGACGCAGGCGCUACUGUAGUCCGUUUCCUGCCCUGAUGCAUGGUGGUCGGACGAAGGAAUUGUUGGAAAAUUUUCGAGGACUAUCAUGCUGUUGGCUCAGAUUAACCGAGACUCGCAGGGCAUGGCGGAGUUCCAGGGCGGAGCAGGAGAUGCCCAACACGUCACCCUCUGCCUGGCUGAGGCAGUUGCUGUUGCAGAUGGUGACCAGUUGGAAAACAUGGACACUGUGAGUUUACAAGCUGUGACUCUUGUGGAUGGCUCUACUGCAUAUAUACAGCACAACCCCAAAGUUUCUCUUUCAGAUGGAAAGCUCAUGGAUGGCCAGGUGAUUCAGCUGGAAGAUGGCUCUGCAGCAUAUGUCCAGCACGUAUCUGUGCCAAAAACAGGAUCAAAUUCCUCAUAUUUCUUAGGAGGAGAAAGUCUGCGACUUGAAGAUGGUCAGGCUGUCCAACUGGAAGAUGGAACAACGGCCUACAUUCACCAUGCUCCAAAGGAAACAUACGACCAGAGCACACUGCAGGCUGUGCAGUUAGAAGAUGGCACCACAGCAUACAUCCAGCACACAGUACAGGUGCCACAGUCGGACACUAUAUUGGCCAUCCAGGCUGAUGGUACCGUGUCCGAUAUCCACACAGAGGGCACCAUAGACCCUGAAACCAUCAGCGUGCUAGAGCAGUACACAACUAAGGUGGAAAGCUCUGACUGUGUAACCAGCACGGGGCUGAUCAGCAGAAGUGAGAGCGAUGCCAGCAUGCCGAUGCAGAUUGUUCUACAGAGUGCCCCAGUGAACCGCAAUGGGACAAAGCCCCAGCAGACUGGAGAGAAGUCAUUCCGCUGUGACUAUGAGGGCUGUGGGAAACUCUACACUACAGCCCACCAUCUGAAGGUACAUGAGCGAUCCCACACAGGCGACAGACCCUACCAGUGUGAUCACCUGGGCUGUGGGAAGGCGUUCGCCACAGGCUAUGGGUUAAAGAGUCAUAUCCGGACCCAUACAGGGGAGAAACCAUACAGGUGCCAGGAGAUGAACUGUAACAAGUCAUUCAAGACAUCGGGGGACCUGCAGAAGCACAUCAGAACUCACACAGGAGAAAGGCCAUUCAAAUGUCCUUUCGAAGGCUGUGGCCGAUCCUUCACAACAUCCAAUAUCCGCAAGGUUCACAUCCGCACCCACACUGGAGAGAGGCCCUAUUACUGCUCCGAGCCGGGCUGUGGGAGAGCUUUCGCCAGCGCCACCAACUACAAGAACCACAUGAGGAUCCAUACAGGGGAGAAGCCCUACGUGUGCACUGUGCCCGGCUGUGACAAGCGCUUCACAGAAUACUCCAGUCUGUACAAGCACCACGUGGUCCACACGCCAUCCAAACCCUACAACUGCAACCACUGCGGGAAGACCUACAAGCAGAUCUCCACACUGGCCAUGCACAAGCGCACAGCGCACAACGACACAGAGCCCAUCGAGGAGGAGCAGGAGGCCUACUUUGAGCCCCCGGCAGGGCCUAUUGAAGAUGUGAUCAAGUCACAGGUAACCUAUGUGCCAGGGAUCGAAGGAGAGGAUGCGGGGACAGCACAAGUUACUUCUGGGAACCAGGAAGCAAUUGGACAGCAGCACGUGGCUCUUAUCACACAAGAUGGUACCCAACAGGUCAGUAUCUCCCAGGCAGACAUGCAGGCCCUGGGGAACACUAUCACAAUGGUAACACAAGAUGGCACCACCAUCACUGUCCCAGCGCACGAAGCAGUGCUGGCUUCAGGAGGCACACAUUCUGUCACUAUGGUAACUGCAGACGGGACAGAAGGACAAGUUGCUAUAGUGACUCCAGAUUUAGCCACAUUCCAAACGUCCCAGACUGAUAUGACCCAGGAACAUCAUGAGCAUCAUCUGGUAUCGGGCAGCCCUCACCCAGUCACACUUCUGGCAACAUCGAACGGCACUCAGAUCGCAGUUCAGCUGAGUGAACAACCAUCACUGGAAGAAGCCAUUAGAAUAGCCUCAAGAAUACAGCAAGGAGAAAAUCCCGGAAUGGAUGAUUAAUACACAACUUGCAUUGCCUUCCAAUGCUUCCACAAAAAAUGCUAUCAGAGACUGUUCAGGAAGAAGAAAAUUAAAAAAGCAAAAAAUGCAACUAGCUUGCUCACCGCUAUUAAUAUUAAAGGUCAAAACCAUGAAUUUCUCUUGUAGAUUUUGUGUAUAUAUAUUUUAAAUAGGGGGGGGGGGGCAUAAUUGAUCACUUUCCUGUCGAUCGGAAAUGUUCAAUUCUCUAAUCUAGAAGGAUGGAUUAAAUCCCAGAAGUUCUUUAUGAAAAUCGUGCUCUUUUGUAUGCCACAUUGUACUCAGGACAUGAAUGCGUUUGGAGCUACAGAUUUCCACUUUCUUUCAAUUACAUGUUUUGGGAGUUAUAGUCACUGUACUGUGUAUAUAUAACCUGCUAAUGGUUUAAAUUUCUCUAUUUUACAUUUGAUUAUGUAUAAAUUCUUGGUUGUGCAAUAUUAAAGCAGUACAAUCCAU